AUGAAGGCUUCUCUUUCUGAUCUUGAAAACCCAAUCACCUCCUCCGCCCUUCCUUACUCCUACGCCCCAUUGCCUGACGGUGAUCAACCAGCCGGAAAUGACCCCACCAUCCGCCCAUACAUAAAGACAGCUCUCUUUCUGUUGUCUGUGUUCUUAGCCGUUAGCUUUUUAGGGUUCCUGUUCGCCGGAGACGGGCCUGUACUUAACAAAAACUUGAACAGCAAGGCCGUGCCUUUCACGUCGGUGUUGCUGGAAAAGGUAACGCCGUUGUCACGUGGGGUGGAGAAAGGUGUAUCGGAGAAAGCUUUUCAUCCAUUGUUGGGCGCAGAUAAUUCGUAUCCAUGGAGCAACAACAUGUUGGAUUGGCAAAGAACUGCCUUUCACUUCCAACCCAAGAAAAACUGGAUGAACGAUCCUAAUGCUCCGGUUUUUUACAAUGGAUGGUACCAUCUGUUCUAUCAAUACCACCCCGAAGCUCCGGUGUGGGGCAAAAUCGUUUGGGGCCACGCCGUUUCCAAGGACCUCAUCAACUGGCGCCACCUCCCCAUCGCCAUGGAAACCGAUCAGUGGUAUGACGAAGAGGGUGUCUGGACUGGUUCCGCCACCAUCCUUUCCGAUGGUCAACUUGUCGUACUUUACACCGGAUCCACCAACGAAUCCCUCCAGGUCCAGAACCUAGCGUAUCCGGCCGACCCAUCUGACCCGCUCUUAAUCAAUUGGGUCAAAUACCCAGGAAACCCGGUUCUCUUCCCACCACCCGGUAUCGAUAAUGAUGAUUUCCGUGACCCGACAACCGCAUGGAAGACUCCAGACGGAAAAUGGCGAUUCACAAUCGGUUCUAAAAUCAACAAAACCGGUAUUUCGUUGGUUUACGACACGGAGGACUUCAAAACCUUUGAGAUUUUAGACGAGUUGCUCCAUGCUGUUCCGGGUACGGGUAUGUGGGAAUGCGUUGACUUUUACCCGAUAUCAAUGCUAGGCGAAAAUGGUCUUGACACGUCAGUAGAUGGGACUGGGGUGAAACAUGUUGUCAAAGCCAGCAUGGAUGCUGACCGAAAUGACUAUUAUGCCAUCGGUACUUAUGAUGCGUACAAAGGAAAAUGGACCCCGGAUAGUCCUACAUUAGAUGUCGGCAUUGGGUUGAGAUACGAUUAUGGAAUAUAUUACGCCUCCAAAACAUUCUUCGACCAAAACAAACAAAGAAGAGUUUUGUGGAGUUGGAUUAAAGAGACAGACACCGAAGCCUCCGACAUUAGGAAGGGUUGGGCCUCUCUCAUGGGGGUUCCUAGAACAAUUGUGUUUGAUAAGAAAACUCUAAACAAUAUAAUCCAAUGGCCAGUUGAAGAGAUCAACCGAUUACGAACAAAUCUAACAGCUUUCAAGGAUGUCGUGGUAGAAGCCGGCUCACUCAUCCCUCUUAACUUGCCUUCAGCAUCUCAGCUAGACAUCGUGGCUGAAUUUAUAGUGGAUAAGAAGACAAUGGAGGUACUGAACGGAGCUGAUACUUCAUAUGAUUGUGCCAAAAGCGGUGGAGCCACACAACGUGGUGCAUUGGGACCAUUCGGUUUUUCAGUCCUUGCAAACGAAGGUCUAGCUGAACACACCCCUGUGUAUUUCUAUAUUGUAAAAGGAGUUGAUGGGAAUCUUAAAACGUUCUUUUGUGCUGAUCAAUCGAGGUCAUCAAAUGCUAAUGAUGUCGAUAAGUCAAUUUAUGGGAGCAUUGUCCCAGUUCUCAAAGGUGAAAAGUUGUCAAUGAGAAUAUUGGUGGAUCAUUCGAUAGUUGAAAGUUUUGCUCAAGAGGGACGGACAUGUAUUACUUCGCGUGUUUAUCCAACAAAGGCGAUCAACAACAAUGCUCAAUUAUUCUUGUUUAACAACGCUACCGCCACUAAAGUUACUGUUUCAGUCAACGUAUGGCAAAUGAAUUCUGCGUUUGUUUAG